AUGUCGCAGUUGGAUCCCGCCUUACUAUCUGGAGGGUUAGGAGCGUCCGCUAAUCCCCCAAUCUUGGACGAGGGGCUGCCUUUCUCUAGUUUAUCUCUGCUUAUACUUUUACUGAUACCUUGUGUUGUUCUGCUGCUACUCUUUAACUGCGUGAUACUGGGAUACAAACUUCUGUCUUGGAAGAAGAAACGGAGGAGAAGGCGGCGGCUGAGGGAACAACGGAGUUUUUUCUCGCCUUCAACCGAAUUCAGUAAACUGAGCAGAACCCCCAAACUUUCAGACGAACCAUCGUUUGCUAACAAUGCGGGGCCGGGUCGCAUACGGCCGGUUUCUUCCGCUCACAGCUUGGGAGAGAAGCGGGGCGAACCUGGGCCGAGGGGUAGAGCUUACAAACCAGACGGGACCGCGGGAGAAGGGUCUAGCUCAUUGAGGCCACCCAGCACCAUAGCCGUCCUGUCAACUACAGCGUCUACAACAAGAGCCGACUUGCCUCGCAGGGCUCAGGUUCAUACCAACAGCUCAUCGGACUGGCGAGCGGGUGUUCAUCAGAUAGUACCCAUCUCGAGCGAUUCAGAAACAGAACGACCUCACCCCGUUCCUCCAAAUUCGCCGGAGGUCAAUGUGCAGAGGGAUUUGCCAGGUACCAGGCAGAUGCAUCGCAGCAGCACCAUGCGGCUGCACAGUGAACGGCACAUCCGCAUCAUGAGCCCCCCAGUGGACUCGGUCCGAUUUGAGUGUGCCAGCCACAUACCUCGCGAGGAGAUCGGCUUCAUCCACUCGGGCAACUCCUCCACCCAGGGGCCAGGCCUGGACAGUGACUUCGGGGCCAGCGCAGGCAUCUCCCUGCGCAUCUUGUCCUCAGACAGUGAGAGCUGCUCCAAUGUUCUGUGGGCCUCCGGGCUGGAAUGGGAUUACUAUGACCCCGGAUACAAUAGACGGAAGCAGAUGCGCAAACGCAUGGAACAGCUGCCUGUGCUCUGCUCCAGACAGUACUGGGUUUAACCGCUGCGUUAAUAGAACACUCCCAUCCUGCACUGCACUGAACACUGGGUGAAUGCACAGUGGAGAGCAGCAAUCCUGCAAUCCUGC